AUGAAAAGAUUGACUAGUGCUGCUCUCCAAGUCUCCAAAUCAUCAAAAGUUGCCAGUUUGGCUUCGAUUAGAUCCGGAUUGAGAAUUAAUUCUUCAUCAUCUUUAAAUAAUAUUAAUCAUCAAAAUGUUUUUGUUCAAAUGUGUAAUUUAAAUUGUAAAUCAUCACAACAAUUUUUCCAUACCCAACCAAUCAAAAUGGAAAUGGACAAGAGUACUAUGGAUGGAUCAAGAGAUAUGCACGGAACAACAGUUUUGUGUGUUCGUAAAGCUGGAAAGGUCUGCAUUCAAGCUGACGGACAAGUUACUCUUGGCCAUGUUGUCAUGAAGGGAAAUGCUCGUAAAUUGAGACAAAUUGGUUCCGAUGUUAUUGCUGGAUUUGCUGGUUCAACAGCUGAUGCCAUCACUCUUUUUGAAAGAUUGGAAGCUAAACUUGAAGAAUAUCCAGGACAAUUAAUGAGAGCAUGUGUUGAAAUGGCCAAAUUAUGGAGAACUGAUAAAUAUUUGAGGAAAUUAGAAGCUGUCAUGAUUGUUGCCGAUAAGAAUAUUACUCUUAUUCUUACAGGUAAUGGUGACGUUCUUGAACCAAAUGAAGGUGGAGCUAAUGAUAGUGUUGUUGGUAUCGGAAGUGGAGGUCAUUAUGCUAUUUCAGCUGCCAAAGCUCUUUUGGAUGUAAAUGGAUUUGAUGCUGAACAAAUUGCUCAAAAGGCCAUGCUUAUUGCUGGUGAAAUUUGUAUCUAUACUAACACCAAUUUCACAAGAUUAACCUUGGAAGAAAAGGAUGGAAAAGAUGGACAAAGAUUAAAUAAAAAAAUGCCUAUUGACGUAAUUGUUGAUUCUCCUGCUGAAUUUGAUGCCACUGUUCAAGAUCAAUUGAACAAUAAUCCAGGUGCUUUGGUUUAUGUUUAUGUCACCGGAAAGAAAGAUGCCACUACACAAAAGAGUUGGUGUCCAGAUUGUGUUGUUUCAGAACCAAUCAUUUAUGAAGAUUUUAUUCCUGAAGUAGAAAGAGAAGCUUCAAAGAAAGGUGUUAAAGUAAUUGUAAUCAAGGCUCUCGUUGAAAGAUCAGAAUACAAGGGAAAUCCAAGCUAUCCAUACAGAACACAUGCUGAUUUGCGUGUGAAAGGAAUUCCAACUUUCAUUUUGUGGAAUGCAAAGGAUGAACAAAAGGGAAGAAUUGAUAACUUUGAGGAUUUGGAUUUACUUGAUGCUUUGCGUGUACUUUCAGUCAAGAUUGUCAAACAAUAA